GACACCUUUACAUUCCAAGCUGCUUUACUAGUAAUCGCAAUGCUCCCAUCUUGCUUUGGUCCCAGCUGAAGACGAUCCAAGCGACCAUAGGCAUCCUCAUGGAGCCGCAUCCGACGCCCACUUGACGCUCUUUGCACCCGCUAUCACCACAUCUACCCACGCAAGGAAGGCGCGAUCAGGCUUACCAUGGUGGGGAGGCCUUCACACCAUCGCAACUCGGGAGCGCAACUCGACAGCACGACGCCCACGACGGAGACCAGGGGGAAGGGCGUCGCUUUCGCCAGCGAUGAGGGCAGCGCUCAAAGAAAACGGGUGGCCUACGACGAGCGUGCGCGCACCACCUCGGUGAGUUCUGAAGACUCAGAGGGCUACGAGCACGUGAACACGCUGCUCUCUGCGUCUUCUAUUGCAAAUACCGACACCAUCUCCUCGUCAGGCCACUCGACGGCUAUGACGUCCACCACUACCUACGACGAUCGGCCGAAUGACGAUACGCCCAUUGCCACUCCGUCGUAUGCGGCCCCCAGCCUUACCCUCCUCGAACUCGUCUCCAAUACCGCUUCCUCGUCCGCGCUGCCUGACAGCUUUGAUGUCAAUGUGUCGAGAAAAGGUGGCUAUGUGGCGGUAUACUCGGCGUCGAAUCUGUUCCUGGUAAAGACCGUGCAGCUGCCGCGACUAUGGGCAAGGACUCUGCAGGUCAAGCGCAAGCCGGUCGCCAUCGAUAUCACCGAAGACGGCUUUCUACUGGCCGUGCUUUCGAGACCUUCGCAGGUCGAUUUAUACGAGAUACAUGGCGAGGGCGAUAAUCAGAUCAAGAAGAGGCGGACUAUCAUGCUGGUGCACGAGGCUAGCUCUAUCGUCAUAUCACCGGAUGCGCGUAUCUUAAUUACGGGCAACAAGUUUGGCAUCGAAGUUAUUGCUAUUGGGCCAGAAGUACCCGAGACGACACGACGUACGCUUUCGGGACCUGCCGGUGAUGCAUUGGAGUUCUCAGACGAUGGUCGUACACUACUCAUAACGGGAUAUGCGAGGAAGUCAGAUGGCUCGGCAUUGUUCGUUCUACCGGGUCUCUACGAUGGUCCGCUAACAGAAGAGGGUGAGCCAAUUCCACAACCGCCAGAAGCUGCAUGGACUGGCUCGGUGCUGUUUCCUGAGACGGCAAGAAUUGCACGCCAAGCUACGCUGCUCCCAGAUGCGGACACUGGGACGUUCAACGAACUCUUCGCCUUCAAUGCCGAGGAGGACUCAUGGGGCAUCUAUGACAUUGCAUGCCAACGCUUCACACAGAGGAAGAUGUUUCUGCCGGAUCACGCAAGGUGGACGCGCUCGGAGUUCGUAGACGAUGCUAUGCCUGCUGUCUCUCCAAAUGCUGACCUUGCCGCUGUUGCCCUGCGGAUGCGCGGUACCACCAACAUCUGGAUUUACGAAGUACCAGGUUGGGAGUACAAACCGAGCGAGAAGAUCAAGGGGGAUGCCCCGAUUCAGCCUUGCUUUUGCAUCCCCAUCCCGAACGACAACGCAGGUACUUUGCAAGAAAUAUGCGUGCUCAGAUGGGUUAGGCUCAACGCCAACGUGCAGCGACUUGUGGCGGUCGGCAACUCGAGCAUACUACCUGAUGAGAACGAUGUGCCUGGGGCGCCACUGGGGUCCAAAGGCGUUCUGAUAGUCCUGGAUUUCGACAAGACAAGGCCCCUGGGAAGCACUCCACCGACGCCGCUCAAGACUGAAUACGACUUAGACCCCCUUUGUCCAGGCGAGAUGCUACCGGAAGGCUCGAUUGACUUUGAUCGUGAGGUGGAAUUGGUACGAACCAGGACCAUGGCACAGCGCAGAGCCCAGGAUCGGAACGACAUUGUUGCACGAAGACCAUCGAGAAUUGGAACUACGCCUGUUCAGCGGGCGCGUACUACUGCAAACCGGAAUGCGCCAAGGCCACCGCUGCCUUCGGAUGAGUCGGAGGAGUUGACACCGGAAGAGGCACAGGCAAUGUUUGAAGCUCCGUAUGAUAAUCAACAACCUCGAUCUCAGAUGUCUCUAGCUAGGGCUGCCACCGUCGCCGCGGUAUCACCUGCGAACCGUCGGCAUCUGCGCGCUCUGCCUUUCAGACCCCUGGAGUACCGUCGUGCUGACGGUCAUCGAGAGCUACCACACGAAAGUGACGCCGACAACUGGGUGCCACCUCCGCCAGCAUAUACGACCACCGCAGCAGCAGCAGAGAGUGUCAGCCUGAGCCAUCCGGAUGCGCCCCCUGUACCCCGAUUACCUCAUACUCAUUCGUCAUCUUCGAUACCGCCCGUCCCUCCAUUACCGAACAUGUCUGCAACCAUCAAUCCCUCUCAAAUCUCUCCGUCGCACCCUUACCAUCAGCGCCAACAAUCGAUAUCUUCUGUCGACGUAUCAUCACCUCCAGCUCCAGACCCAGGGCGUCGGCCAUCUCUGCUGCAUCCAUCCACAUACCCUAGUCCCCAAUCUUCAGGCUCGAUACGACGGAGGCGAUCAAGUACCCGAUCACCAUCGGAACAAAUGUCGUAUGUACCCUUGCCGCAACCCCAAUCCGCAUACCCGAACACCGCUUCCCACAUGCCUACCCGCCGUCCCACAAAUGGUCGCACUCAACGUGUUCCUCACGACAACCUCGACCUCUACGCUCCACCCGUCCCUAGUACGCCAGUCUCCCGCCGUGGCUCGGCUCCAAACAUAGCUGUCCAGCGCCGUCCCCUACCUAUGAGCAGCCCACGCAUGAGUAUGCCCUAUCCUGCGCCGCCAGUCAACAACUCAAGUCAAUCAAGGAACGCUCUGCCACCACUGGCUGCUCCAGGUCAGCAGUUUUCAGCCGGUCAAAGGUUCCCCAUCAGUGCGCCGCCGAGGACAGAUCAAAGUGCGCAGUUCAACCAUCCUUAUGGGAGUUACUACGGGCCAGAGCAAGGCGGCGUGCACAGGGCGUCGCAGAGUGUGGGUGAUCUACUCGGUGGGAGUGGAGUUACUGGACGCAGCUCCAGGAUGAAUGGCGUGUUGAUUGGAGAGAAGAAGGCUAAAGGGAAGAAGAAGAUUGGCUGUGCUGUUAUGUGAUGAGCAUCAAGCAACCACGGAUGACCGACUUAUGUUUCUCAUGACUAUAUUAUACCCAUGACUUUGUUUCUUUAGUAUCGGCGUUUUGGUCUUUGGGGGGGAGUGGAUAUGCGAGCGCUCCUGCAAUUGAUUAAGCGGUUGAGCGAUGUUGUAUUUUGAGGAUGAACGAGGUCGCUCAUGGUAGUUACCUAUAUACAAGGCUCUUAGAUCGAAGUAGGGGAGCAAUCCAGGGAUUAUGGGAAUGUCAUCUCUUUCUACAACCUGA